AUGGCGAAGGAGCCAUACAAGGCAGGCGGCUCUCAGGAAGGGCCCAGCGCAGCUGAGGGACGCGGCAGAGGUGCGACAAAGGCGGUGGACGCGGUGAACGCGCCGGGGAUCAUCCUGGCAGCCGCCACCUGCGCCGGCUGGGCUGAGGAGGCCCACCCGGAGGCCUCUGUCUCAGAGCAGGACGAAGGGCUGGCCAAUGUGGACCGGGAGCCCGAGGCCGCUCCGCCGGGGGUGGAGGAGGAGGAUGCCGUCAAGGUGGUGGUGCGCAUCCGGCCGCCGCUCCCGCGGGAGCUCAACGGCUUCCGGCCAUUCGAGAAUGCUGUGCUGGUUGACCCCUCCCGCCACGUCGUGACGCUGUCGGAGAACCUGGCCGCGCUCAGCAACAAUGGCGUGGAGAACGGCAUUGUGUACAACAGCUACCGCUUUGGGUUUGAUGCCGUGUACGGGCCCGACAGCACCCAGGAGGAUGUGUACAUGCAGUCGGCGCGCAGCGCCGUGCAAAACGUGCUGCAGGGAUACAACGCCUCCAUCGUCGCCUACGGCCAGACAGGCACGGGCAAGACGUACACGAUGGAAGGCGAGCGGGCGCCCAGCGCGCUGGGCGGCGCGUCCCACAGCGCCGGCAUCAUCCCGCGGGCGAUCGAGGACGUGUUUGCCUACAUCCAGCGCGACACGGGCGAGCGCUGCAAGUUCCUGAUCUACAAUGAGGUGCGGCGGCUGGCCCUGGGCGCGUUGCUGCCAGCGCAGAGCAGCGGGGCCACCCUGCACAGCAGCUGCCGCGUCAUCUCCGACCUGCUCAAGCCGGAGAGCAUCAACCUGGUGGUGCGGGAGGACCGGCGGCGGGGGGUGCACGUGGAGGGGCUGUCGGAGUGGGUGGUGCGCUCGCCGGCAGAGGUGUAUGCUCUCAUGGAGAGGGGUGCGGCGGCGCGCGCCACGGGCGCCACCAAGCUCAACGAAAUCUCCUCCCGCUCCCAUGCGAUCUUCAUGCUAAUCGUGGAGAAGUCGACGCUCGUGGAGGCGGCCGCCGGCGGCCAGGGCGGCGGCGGCGAGCAGUAUGGCGGCAUGGCGCCGGGCGCGCCGCGCGGCGGCUCCUCCUCGGCCCGCGGCGAGGCGCGGCAGAGCGUCAAGGUGGGCAAGCUGAACCUGGUGGAUCUGGCUGGCAGCGAGCGGGUGCACGUGACGGGGGCCACCGGCAAGCGGCUGGAGGAGAGCAAGAAGAUCAACCAAAGCCUGAGCGCCCUUGGCAACGUCAUCGCCGCGCUGACCGACCCGAAAGGGCGCGACGCCCGCCCGCACGUGCCCUACCGGUGCGUGGCGCGGCGGGGCUUGGGGCCUCUGCUUGGUGGCAGCGAGGGCUGGUGCCGCGCCGCGGUUGAAGCAGAGUCUCUGUCCACCCUCAAGUUCGCCAACCGAGCCAAGUGCAUGCGCAACCUGCCCAAGGUCAAUGAGGACCUGGACCACGUCACCCUGCUGCGCAAGUACGAGCGCGAGCUGCGCCGCCUGCGCGCCGAGCUGCAGCAGAAGAGCAAGGACCUGGUGGACAAGCGGCUGGUGCUGCAGAUCGAGGAGGCCCGGCGGCGGGAGCAGGCCGACAAGAUCGCCGCCAUCCACGCCCUGGAGCGGCAGAGCCAGGAGAUCAUGCGGCACAAGACGGCCAUGGCGGCGCUGCAGACGCGCAUCGCGUCCAUGCAGAGCCAGCUGCUGAUCGGGGGGCAGAAGGUGGAGGACACGCCGCAGUUCAGGACGCUGCUGGCCAAGGAGCAGGCGCGCAUCCGUGGGCAGUACGAGGAGCGGCUGCGGGAGCUGGAGAGCGAGCGGCAGAGCGUGCAGGAGGACAAGGCGCAGGCCGAGCGGUACAAGGCGCUGCUGCUGAAGCAGCGCGACAUCAUGAUUGCGCUGACGCAGCGGCUCAACGAGCGGGACGAGCAGAUCCUGGGGCUGCAGGCGGAGCUGGAGGCGUAUGACACGCACCAAAAGAGCCUGGAGGACCAGCUGGACCAGAAGACCGCCGAGCUCAUCGUGCUGCGCAAGGCAGCCAUGGAGCGCGUUGGCGGCGGCGGCAGCGGCCGCGGCGGCGGCGCUCUCGAUGCGGCAGCCGAGGGCGGCGGCGGCGGCGGCGACUGGUCCAUCCCUGCUGUGUCGGCGGCGGCGCAGGGCGCUCAGCCCGUUCCGGCAGAGUUGGGUGGGUAUGACAGCGAGAGUGGCAGCCCACUGGCGUGGCAGCCAAACGGCGGCGAGCUUGGUGGCGGCGGCGCGGCGGCUGUGGAGGCCCUGCAGCGCCAGAUGGACGAGCUGCGGUUACACCACGGCCGGGAGGCGGGUGCCGCCGCGGAGCGCGAGGCAGCCUGGCGGCAGCAGGCCGAGUCCCUGCAGGCGCGCGUGGCGGCGCUGCAGUCGCAGCAGCAGCAGCAGCAGCAGCAGCAGCAGCAGGCGGCCGUGCCCAGCGGCGGUGCGCAGGCGGCAGCGCUGGUGGCGCAGCGGGACGCUCUCAGCAAGGAGCGGGACGCCCUGCGCACCAUCCUCGACUCCAAAGUCCGGGUGCUGGUGGACGACAUCGGGCGCAGCAUGGCAGAGCUGCCGCCAGAGGCCCAGGCCCACCCCAAGCUUGGCAAGCAGCUGGAGUACCUUGGCAAGCUGGUGCGGGCCACUGUGCAGGCGAUGGCAGCGCAGCAGUGA